GGUGCGCAGACGCGAGAGUCACAAACGCGUGGAGAGAGACAGCAGUGCGCGUGCCAGUGAGCCUCGAGCUCACAGCUGAUCACUCUGCGUGGAGUUACACCUAUGAGUUACACAAAUAACUCUUUUGUUAUGCGUCCCUUUAAGCUAAGGGAGUCAGGGGAAAUACUUUUGCGCGGUGUUUCCCUGUCUGUUCGUACUGUCUUGUUGUCGGGUGACGGAUCUUUAUAGCGUUUGUUAUUAUAAAGUGCCGGGGGGCUCGUGCUCCGGGUUCGGGUCUAGAUCAGCUGUUGUCGCGUUUCUUCUCCGGGAUGGCUUUGGCGCGACAGGACUACAUCGCCCCGUGGUGGACCUACUGGCUACACAAUUUCCCGCAUGUUGAUUUUCAUUUUCAGGCGGUUGAUGACGCGUUUAAACCGGAGGACGCCGAGUAUCGGCAGUCUCUGAUCUUCCUGGCCUGUAUUUCUGCAAUUGGUCUUGGCCUGAGUCUGCUGGUACUCUCCGUGUAUCUGACCUGGCUGUGCUGCUGUCGUAGGGUAGAAGAUGAAGAGGUCAAAAGGCCUGACACCUGCUGUGUCUCAUGGGCUGCUGUUAUCACUGGUCUGGUCAUAUGUUCAGCAGUAGGAGUGGGUUUCUAUGGAAACAGCGAAACCAACGAUGGAGUCUACCAGUUAACUUACUCAAUUUAUAACGCCAAUCACACACUGGAUGGCAUCGGCAGUAGGGUGGGUAACACUUUGGAUAAUAUGCGGGUUGGGCUGAAGGAACACCUGGAGCGUUUGGAUGAGAUAUUCUCUCCUCGAGGAGAUUACACCAAAAGCUUGCGCUUCCUGCAGCAGAUGGCCAACAACAUCAUCCAGGAGCUGACUGCCAUGCCAGACACCAGCAAGUUGAAAGUGGAUUUGGCAGCCAUUGCGGACCAAACUGCAUACAUGGAGUACUACAGAUGGUUGACGUAUCUUCUGCUGCUUAUUUUGGAUCUGCUCAUCUGCCUUGUCACUUGCCUGGGUUUGGCAAAGCACUCUCGAUGGCUUCUCGCAGUGAUAAUGGUAUUUGGGGUUCUGACCCUGAUCAUGAGCUGGGCGUCAUUAGGAGUGGGUACAGCUACUGCUGUGGGCACAAGUGAUUUCUGUGUUUCUCCUGACAAGUACAUUAUAAAUCAAACCAAAGACUCCUUAAGUUCAGAUAUAGCCCACUAUUACCUGUACUGCAGCCAGACUCUUCCCAAUCCGUUCCAGCAGUCCCUGACCAUCUACCAGAAGUCUCUGACUACCAUGCAGAUUCAAGUGCAGGGCUUGCUGCAGUUUUCUGUCGCUGUGUUUCCUACUGCGGAGAAAGAUCUGCUAGGAAUUCAGCGGCUCCUCAACUCCUCCGAGUUCAAUUUGCACCAGCUAACCGCCUUACUGGACUGCCGUAGUCUUCAUAAAGAUUAUGUGGAGGCUCUGCUGGGCGUUUGCUACGAUGGCGUUGAGGGACUGCUGUAUCUGUGCCUGUUUUCUUUACUGGCUGCUUGUGCCUUUAGUGUCCUUCUGUGUGCCGUCCCCCGAGCCUGGACCCUCAUUGCCAUCAGGGACAGGAAUUACGAUGAUAUCGAUGAAGAAGACCCGUUCAACCCGGCGCGACGCAUUACGGCGUAUAACCCGGGACGAUCUCAGGUUCACAGUUUCUGCAGUUACAGCAGCAGUAUGGGCAGCCAGACCAGCCUGCAUCCACCGCUGCCGACCACAUCCAGUACACCAGAAUACAUGAACCAGUCCAUGCUGUUUGAGAGAAAUCCUCGCUAUGAAAACGUACCAUUGAUCGGGAGAGGUUCACCGCCACCAUCGUUCUAUCCCCAGACAUUUAAAAACAUAUUCACCCAGCAUGAGGACCACCUACCUGUCUAUGACUGAUGCCCAAAUCCGACACUUCGGAACGGACCUCCAGGUGUAGCUUUCCUCUUCCUUAUCAAGUCUCUGGCAGCGUGAGAUGGUUUACUUGUUGGUACAUGAAAGCAGAAGGUAAUAAAGAUGUAAAGUCUGUCCUCUUCAUCUGGAACUUCUCAAAGAAGGACAGCUGGGACUUUUUGAAGCAGAAAUAUCCUAAAGACUUUUUUAAGACGGCAUGCGGUCCAGGCGGUGAAAGUAGACUUUUCUUUGAGAUUUAUGGGUGAACUUUGAUCACAUGUAAAUAUAUGCUUUAUUCUCCUCAGGGUUUAUUGAUAUACUCUUAUCUGUAAUGGCUGGGUCAGUUUGGUGUUACUAUUCAUUGAAAGCUCUUAAAUGCACUUAUGAUUAUAAAAAAAAUUGGGGGGACAUUUUGUAAAAAAAAAAACAUUUUAUCAGACGAAGGCUUCAUAAAUAGCCUUUGAUUUGUAUUCCUCUUAUUUCUGUAUGUGACAGCACGUGAUGCACCGACUCACACAAUCUGAGAGGAAAAUGAUAAAUGAUCUGGUGUUGUGAUUAUAUUCUGCAUGAUAAAAAAAAAUUGGGUUGUUUGUGCCUCUUCUGAAAUAAACUGUUAUGCCGUGAAGUGAUUUCGCCUCCAUAUGUCUGUAUACAAGUAAUCAUCAUUCGAAUACUGUACAUCUGCUCUUUAUUUCAGUUUAACAUUGUUUAGACUCUGAUAAUGCACAAUCUACAGUACUUUUUUAUCUUCAAAUAAAUAUAUAUAUAUGCCAAUUCGUGCAAAGAUAAUAUACAAAGAUCUAAAUGAAUCUUUGUGGAUGCUACAUCAAAGCCUAUUUUCUAGUUUAAGUGCUUUCGUGUGUACUGUAUAUUGUAGAUAUUGCCAUUUCUAAAGUUUUACUUGUUUUUUCUCAUCAUGACGUCUGUUUAGACAGACAGAUGUUUAUGCUGCAGUUGAAUGAAAUGGUAAUACGUUAGCUUAUGGUGUGAAUUUUAGCAUUAUUGUCUUUUGCUUGUCAUGACAUUUCAAAAGUGCUGUUUUUAUUGUUUAUGUAAUACAUUUUGUGACAUUUUGAUUUAAUAAAGUGAUUUUUAUUGAAA